AUGUCAAGUAUUGUUUUGUUACUAACCGUUGUUGUAUCGGCUAUCGCUGCACCCCAGGGAUAUAAUUACAAAUCAUCCGCACCCGUUGUUGAGCAUGGGAAUCUGAAUGGAUUUAAGCCAAUUCUGGCAAGUGGAUUACCUUGCUCACAUAAUGCUAAUAAUAAUUUAGGAGAAAUUAAUGGCAACGCCGCAGCACUGAUACAAUCACAAUCGACCGGCAGAAUUGUGAAUCAUCACAAUGGCCAACAUCAUGUUGAACAUAAUUUGGAUACAGCAGCAAGUACAGUAAACUCACAAUCACAAGCAGUUACAGUAAAUAGUCAUAUCAGAGUCGGAGAUAAUGGACCUGCUGCAUCUGUCAUCACUGGUGCUUCUCAAGAGUUUCGACCAAUAGCUGGAUAUGUGCAAGGUGGGCUAGCUGAGCAAUCCAGCAGUACCGCUUCAAUUUCACAACAAUUACUACCAUUACCUCAACAACAAAACUACUUUAAUCCAUUACCACAACUUCCCCCUCAGUUACCUGCACAACCGUUCAAUUCAGCUCAAACAAACUCCGCUCAAAACUUUGCUUACACUAAUACAUUCACCAAUCAAGCAGCAUCUACACAAGCGAAUCACAUACAUCAUCAUUAUACAGUGCCAUCCUCGGGUAAAGUUCAAUUACCACCAGCACCCGCACCCGCACCCCCACCAUUAGUACCAGCACCAGCACCAGUAUAUUUACCACCACAAUCAACGCCAGGUUUACAAUAUGCUUCGGGUUAUGAAAGUAAUAAGUUUGCAGCUACACAAAAUACAGGCUUCACAGGAAGACCAUCUCGUCCAUUAACUCAGUUUAUCAGCUCAUCUCCAUAUCGUCCACUUGGACCUGUGCUUCCUGGUCCAGUUGGUAAUGUUGCUGUACCUCGACCAGUACAACAUUUUGGCGGUUCUAACCAAUUUUCUUCGAGCAAUAGCUACCAACAGAGCUCUAAUGGAUACGCAAGUUCAUUUGGACAUAAUUCCUUUGGUGCUCAAGUGAUUUCACCUAAUAAUAACUUUGCACCGCAACAGCCACAGCAUUUAAUUUCAGCCGGUAAUGCUGCAUCGUUUGGAACUGGUUCAUUUGGAGGACACAAUAUUGAUUUUAGUUCCUCUUCAUCUAAUCAAUUAAAUGGUCAAUUGGGUAAUGUAAUUCGGGAAACUUUUGCAAAUGCUCCAUUAGAUCCAACCUUUGAGAAACAUAUCUACGUGCAUGUACCACCAGAAGAUUUAGAGGGAAGCAAGCAUGCACCAGUACAAUUAAUUCAACAAGAGCAACCAAAGAAACAUUACAAAAUAAUAUUUAUUAAAGCUCCAAAUAGUGCUACGCCCAACUAUGCGCAAUUAGCAGCUGCAACUGCUCCACAAUCUGAAGAAAAGACAAUUGUAUAUGUAUUGGUUAAGAAACCUGAAGAACCAACGGUUGAAGAAAUUCAACAGAUUCAACAAUCUAGCAUUCACUCAAGUAAACCAGAAGUCUAUUUCAUUAAGUACAAGACACGAAAAGAAGGCGAACAGCUUGGUCCAGUGUAUGACGGAGCCACGCAAUAUAACAAUGUUAAUCAAAUAUCAUCAAGCAAUGGAGCAUCUAAUGUUGCAACUAAUAGCAAUGCGGUACUAGCACCUGAAGAUAACAUUGAUAUAAGGUAUGGAGGCGGUGAAAGUAACUCAUAUUCGACAUCAUCAUCAUCACUGACAUCGACAUCGUCGUCAUCUUCGGCAUCGUCCACUUUAGAUGACAGCGUUACACAGCAUGGAUUAUACGGCGUACCGCUCGAAUGA